AUGGAAAAAAGUAUGCGUGUUCGUUGCAUUUCCAUCAUUGUCUUAGAUUUAAAAAUGAAUAUAACACGAGUCUUUGCAUUUCUAACCAUCUUUGGUUUACUCUUUUUCACUACUAUAGUUGUUCAUGGUGAAGAAGACAUUGUGGACGCUGAUGUUGCUGUAGAUGAAGAAGAUGAGCCUAGCUCACGCACAGAUGAUAUCGUUACACCGCCAAAUGACACUCUCGAGGGCACAGAAGGAGAAGAUCCAACACGUAUUCCAUCAUCACCAGAUUUUCGUACAGUCAAUGUUUUUAUUCAACCAGCUAGAGCAAAUGAAUUAAUUGCCGGUAAACUAACGCGUUUACUCGUCGGCGCUCGUAAUAAUGGCACACAAAACUUUGUGGUGGAAUCAAUCGAUGGUUCUCUACGUUAUCCACAAGAUUUUACUUAUUACAUUCAAAAUUUCACAUCAUUACGAUCAGACAAAGUUCUUGAGCCUGGUCUCGAAGCUACAUUUGAAUAUUUAUUCAUGCCCAGUGAAACCUUCAAUGGCCGACCAAUGGGUUUGGUUGUAUUAAUCAACUAUCGAAAUAAUGAAGGAAAACAAUUUCAAAAUGUUGUUUUCAAUCAAACCAUCAAUCUUACUGAUGCUGACGAAGGAUUUGACGGAGAAACAUUCUUUCUCUAUGUCUUUCUCUUCGCCGUUCUCGUUCUCUUGGGUUUCUUAGGAUACCAAUAUUUGCUUUCAAAUCGUGUUAAACGCAUGAGUGGCAAACAAGGUUCACAAAGUCUUGUUGGAAACCAACAAACCAGAGGCAGCUAUGAUCCCGAUUGGAUCCCAAAACAUCAUCUUCCUCAAAAUCGUUCACCAAAAAAAAGUCCACGCGAACGCAAAUCUCGCCAAGUAAACAAUGAUGUUAAUGGAACAGCCAGUGCUGGAGCUGCUUCAAAAUAUGAUGUACGAAAUCAUAAUAAAGAUAAACUUUAUAGUCUUUCAUUGUGCCUAGAUGUGAAAUAUAUGCGUCAUCAUUUACUUCUAUUUAAAAACGUACUGAUCAAGCGACAAAUGGCAUCGUUGGCCAAUACGGUAGUUGAUAUCAAAGUUGGAACAGAACCAGAAGAGUCAAAUCCAGCUGCAUUUAUUCCUCCAUCGAUGGUGCCAUUUAUUGAAAAUGAGAAAUCGAAUUUAAAACAAAUCGCGAGUAAUUUCCUACCGAGACAUUUCGAAUUUCGAACAAAAGAGCACGAGAAAAAGAUCCAUGUUGUUCAGCUGAUGUCAGAAUACGAUGGAAAUUUUUCCACACCUGUUUGUUAUCUAAACUUUUAUUUAAAACGCGCAGGAAAAUUCAUUCAAUUUGCUGAAGAAUUAGGACCGUUAACCGAUUUCCUACAACGUUAUACUGAUCUCAUCGGUGCUAUUCAAACUCAUGAAUCGACAUGUAAUGGACGUUUAUUUCGUCGUUCAAUUGAACGUAUGCAACCGGAAAUUGCACAUGUUCCGAUGAAUUUACAUCUUCAACAAUUAUUAGUUAGCAAUGAUGAAGAUCCUUCUCAAAAAGCUAUUUAUAAUACAGUAACAUUAGGUGCACCCGCUGUUCAUCAUUCUCGUUUUGCGACCGGUGGCCUAGCACGAAUGAAAGCAAAUAUUAGCGAAAAAAACAAACGUCUAUGUUUUCUACAAGAUAAAUUACAAGAUGUUUUAGUCCUGAAUAGUGAUAUUGACGAUGCAUUAGAUCAUUUAACACAUAUUCUCGACAGUCCUUCGACGAAUAUCGAUCGUUCUGUAUUGAAACUGUCGCUUCAACGUGUUGUCAAAGCUGUUUUUUCUUUACUUGAAUAUUCAACUAAAGAUCUCGAUAGCAUAGCGAAUUCAACUGGACAAGUUGUUAUCAAUCCAUUGAUAUCAAAAGUACCCAGUGAAGAAGUUUUGGAAUCCUCGGAAACGAUACAAAGCAAAGCACGAAAAUUUCUAGAAGAAAUUAAACAAUCGAUUCAUAAAAAUGAACAAACAUUUAAUAUGACACAAUUAAAUAGUUUGAAAACGGUCGCCAGUGAACUGGAGCGUCAUACUUGUAAACAUAUUAUUCGUUAUAUAUUCCAAGAAAGUCAAGAAAUAGAACGUUAUCCUGAAGCAUUUCGAGAACGUUUUGACAUUGCCUUUUCUCAAGCGUUAACAUGUCUUAUAUUCUCGGUGUAUGUUCUCCUAUCGUCUGUUAAAAUUAGUGAUCAAGCUUGGAAGCUCUACAUUAAUAAUGGUGAGUAUAUAAGAUUAGGAGAGACGAGAGAAGAAAAAAGUCGAGAUGUAUUGUUAUUCUUUCAUACAUAA